AUGCCAAGCCACGUGACGCGGUUCUUUCCGCGUGCAGCUCAGCAAGAGCUUUUGGCUCACGACGCUCCACCACCACCGCCGCCUUCCUCCCGCAACUCCAUCACCGCGCAUCUCCCCGGUCCGCCCACGCUUCUCCAACCGCCCACGAUGAACACCACCCGCUUCCUCCGCCCUUUCGCCAGGGCCGCCUUCCGCGCGCCCACAGCUGUCCGUCCCGCCGUCAUGGCCCGCCCCGCGCUCGCCAGCCAGCAGCAGAAGAAGACGCCCGAGGUCGGCGCCCAGCAGAUGACCAUCCUCAAGUCAGCCAUGCCCCAGCUGAUCCCCUUCUUCUUCGUCAACGAGACCACUGUGGCCUUUGUCCUCCUCCCCACCCUCAUCUACGUCUUCUCCAAGUACAUCCUACCCCAGCGCGUCCGCCUGUUCGCCGCCCGUCUGUUCAUCAGCAAGUUGUAA